UUAGGGGGGUCUGCGUGGGUGGAGCACAGAUCGUCGCCGCUUUGACGCACGGAUCUGACUUAUACCGAAUGUUGUUGACAUCUGAACUUUAGCACCAUCAUGCUGGAGUAAGAGUCUGCUCCGAUGGCUGGUGGCUGCACGUGAGCUAAUGCUCAACAUUUCCCUUUAACAGGGGAUAUUGAGACUCAGACCACAUUAGGGCUAUUUAUUAAUUAUUCUACUAAGAACGCGGGCAGGUAGCGGAUGUCAUUAAGUUAGCUAAGUUAGCUAGGUUAGCUAACACAGCGUUGUCGCGACUUGUUAGCUAACACGUUCGCGGUCUGCUUGACAUCAAACGUAACCAGAUAGACGUCGAGCUAAAGUCUUGGUGCCGCUAAUGUCUAACGCCACAGACACCGCCUUGCCCGCCGAAUGGGACGACGACGAGCGGAUGAAUUUCAUGUUCUCGGACUUCAACGAGAACCGCGAUGUCAACACGACGGACUGGGACAGUAAGAUGGACUUCUGGUCGGCUCUGAUCGUCAAAGGCUGCAGGGACCGAGGCUCGGUGUGUGUCAGUCUGCAGGAGCUGAACAAAACCUUCAGAAGGAAAGAGCGAUCCCCGCUGGGCUUAGCGACCGUCAUCCAGUCCAUGGCCAGAUGUGGCAAGAUCCAGAGGGAGUCCGAUUUUGCUGCCAAUGUGGACUGUGGCUGGCUGCACUGGGGUGUUGGACUGCUGCUGGUGAAGCCUCUGAAAUGGACCUUCUCGACUCUGCUUGGAAGCCACCGGGUGCCUUCUGAUGCGUCCUUUGUUGUCAUUGAGCUAGUGAAGGAGAAAGCGUCUGAACUACUCGAGGUGUACAGGAGAAGUGGAUAUGCAAGCCGCCCCGUACUGUCGUUUCAGGAGCUCUGUGCUCUAUCCUCUGAGGUCUGUGCCGAUGAGAGCGCCCUGUGCAUGGUUCUCCUGCAGCUGCAGAGGGACAAGCAGGUGACUGUUUCAUUGCACGACGGUGAGAAGAUUGUCAAGUUUUGUCAGGCUGGUCAAAAUAAAGUGGCUCCAGUCAGCGACGUGGAUAUGGGCAUCUACCAGCUGCAGCGCAGUGAAAAGUUGCUGGGAGAACGAGUGGAGAAACUGGGCCUCGAGGCUGACAAGUGCAAAGAGGAGGCAAGGGCACAUCUCCGGGAAGGGAGGAAAUCACUGGCGCUGAGGAGUUUAAAGGGCUGCAAACGGGUGGAGAAGAGAGCAGACAGCUUGUUUGCCAAACUGGAGUCCAUCCGGGGAAUCCUGGACAGAAUAGCCCAGUCGCAGACCGAUAAGAUGGUUAUGCAAGCGUAUCAGGCCGGAGUGUCCGCUCUGAGGCUUUCUCUUAAGGAUGUGACUGUGGAACGUGCUGAGAGUCUUGUGGAUCAAAUACAGGAGUUAUGUGACACUCAAGAUGAGGUGAACCAAACUCUAUCCAGUGGCGUUACCAGCACAGACGAAGACAUGGAUGAGUUGGAGGAGGAACUGAAAUCUUUGCUGGACGAGUCAAAACCGGCUUCCCUCUCAAGUUAUCCUGAAGUUCCAACAAGCGGUCUGCGAAUCCCCGGAGAGCCCGGCCUCGCAGGUACUGACGUGCUCAGUUCUCUGCCUGCGGUUCCUUACAGACCCCUGGAUAUUACCGCCGAGCAGUUGGAGGAACAAUUGAAUCAGUUAACCCUUGCAGAUUUAGGCUUUCAGGAGAAGAAAACUCCAUCGCCAGCCAAGAGAUGUGAGGCUGCACAGUGACGGGAUCUGCUCUGCCUUCAAGACAUCGAAGAUCUCAAGUCAAAAGUUAAACGACAAGACUAGUAAUGCUCUUCAUUUUUGGGGUAUUAUUGAAAAGUAUGAGAGCAAGUAUGUUUCUUGUUUUGUGUGUUUAUUGAUGCCUUUAAAUAUCCUUUAUUGACAGUCCUGUACAGUGCAUUAAGUGGCCUUUUGAACUGUACGUUUGAAAGUAAAGAGACUAUUAUGCCAAAAAAAUGUAAUCAAUAAAGUAUAUUUAGUUUCACUGCAACAUACCUGUUUAAGGAGUUUAACCAAAAUAUGUUUCCCAAAUAAAGUGUAUUUUAAUCACUU